AUGGCAGAUUUGUUCGAUAAACUAGGUGGUGCGACGACAUUCACCAAGAUAUACCUGAAGACAUGUUAUUGGCAAGUUCGGAUUGCAGAGGGUGAUGAACACAAGACGACCUGUGAGACAAGGUAUGGGUCGUACGACUUCCUGGUUAUGCCGUUCGGCUUGACUAACGCCCCAGCUAUAUUUUUCACUUUGAUGAACCAAGUUUUCCAAGAGUACAUUGACGAAUUCGUUGUGGUGUACUUGGAUUACAUUGUGGUAUAUAGCCAAACAUUGGAAGAACACCUGGUUCACUUGCAGAAGGUCCUAGCUCGAUUGCGGGAGCAUGAACUAUAUGCAAAGCUAUCCAAGUUCUCCUUUGCUCAAAAGUAA